AUGCUCUCCCGUCUCCUCCCCAAACGCUCGCAUUUCCGUCUAAUAACACAUCUUUAUUCAAAAUCUCAACCCUAUCCCCAAAACCCUUACUUCUCUCCCCUUCUCAACUUAUGUCGAUUUCUCUCCACCAACAACAAUGACAACAACAAUAAUAGCAAGGAUCCGUCCACGUCCAAUCCCUGGAACCUUUCUCGGGAAAAUGAAGGAAAAUUCGACUCGCUGUUCAACGUCUUGGAUACGGAACUUCGUGGUGGCAGUGAGGAUGUUUUCAGUAAGAGUGGAGGUGAUUGGAUGGCUCCGGGGUCCACGGAGGAGGAGUACAAGCCGUGGAGUUUUGUAGAGGAAAAGAAGGAUGAUGACGUGUUCGAUCUCGGGGAGGGUGUACGGCCAGUUGAUGAAACUUUGGGUGAGAAUAGUGCAAGUAUCCGUAGUGAGAUGACUCAAGAGGAGAAGGAGAUGCUUGAAAGAGAGGAGAAAGAACUUUCUGCUAUAGUCAAAGGAUCCGGCGGUGACACUUCCGAUCAACAAACGGGUUUGGAUGUACGCGAAGAAUAUGCACAUGCGUUUCGAACCGAAUCAUACAAUGAAUUUUGGACACGUGUCCUUGCACUGACAAAUGGAAACUCAACCACCAAGUGUAUUCCUAUUGAGUCCACCACAGCGGCUCGGCUCUCUUCCUAUCGUCUCUUUGCGGAGCAACUUUUGGAUCCGGAUCAACCCACUGUUACUCGUAUCCUUUCUUUGAAAAAGGCUCAUUCCCUUUUAACAAAUUAUUUCUCUCAAACUGCUGAGGCCUCUCUUUUAUGCAGUCUUUUAUUCAAAAAUAUAGAUAAUAUCCGAGAGAAAUAUCAAUGUUUUAAGACCGUUAUUCAAUCCCUUGAAAAUGCUCAUUUUUUGCCUUCAAAUAAUUUAUUGUGUAUAAUAACCCGAUUAACUGAAUUAUCCAACUUAUCAAACCCAUUAACCUCAUCCGCUCCAUCUCACUGUCGGGUUCGGAUCAUUCAAGCCGGGUGCUUGAAAUUACUCAAGCAAUUUGAAUCAAGUCGAGACAAGGCUCGAACCAAGCUACGCCUAAUCAACGCAUCAAAACAUGGCUCGGCUAUUUUCUUAGUGGCUUUAACAGCUUCAUUAACUGUGAUAGUGGCUUCACAUGCUCUCGCAUUACUAAUAGUUGCACCAAGCCUUAUAGCAGCUUCGGUUGAGCUGACUUCAACUAGAAGGCUGGCUCGAGUGUCGACUCAACUUGAUGUAGCCGCCAAAGGGACUUAUAUAUUGAACAGGGAUCUGGAUACAAUAAGCCGGCUUGUGGCUCGGCUAAACGAUGAACUGGAACACAUGCGUUCGAUGGUGAAGUUUUGGCUGGAGAGGGGAGAGGGCGGUCGACUACAAGCCAGUGGCGAAGUGGCGCGCCAGCUAAAGAAGAAUGAUGCCAGCUUUAGCCAGCAGCUUGAUGAUCUAGAGGAACAUUUGUACUUAUGUUUCAUGACCAUCAAUAGAUCCAGAAACCUUGUACUGAAAGAGAUUCUGGAUCCGAGUCAACCCAGCUCGCAUCCAGGAAUUUAA